AUCAGAAUCAGACUUAAAUUGUCAGGAAGAUCUGGUCUCAAACAUUUGUCUUAUGACUCUAGCAGUAGAGCUGUGCUUUCCUUAAUGCAAGCAUGCUGUGGUGAUAUUUACUAACACUAUAGUAACAAGCUAGAUUGGCUAGAUUAGGCACCAUCCAUGUUUGGUACCUGGACAGUGAUACAAGUCCAGACUGUAAUUGAACCUGUAAUAUGAUUACAUAUAAUUGUGAAGUGGAGUUUCCAAAAGCCACAGAAACCUUUCAUAUGGAUGAUAGAAUUUCUUGGCAAAUAUGUGUUUUAAAUGGUUAAAAUGUUUUUGGUCAGUGUAUCUAGAUCAAAUAGUACUAGGGGUAAUUUGUUAGAAUUUUUGAGUUGACUCUUAUGAAAGUGAGUAACAGUGAAAAUGAAAACAGGUAUAUGACUUGUACGUUGAUCAUCAUCUUAUUUGAUUCUUUCCUCCCCUUUCUUUUUUACUUUAAUUAUACUUAAGUCUGAGAGGUUCCUACCCUAAGAGUCUUACAGUCUAAAACAUAUGCAGGAGAAGAAAGGAAUAUUAGAGUUUGGCAUAAACAGGAAAAAUGUAUGUUGUUAUAUACACCUAUACAUUUGCUGAGGUACAGGCAAGAUAUAGAGUAACUUGAACUAAGUACCGUUGGAGACAAGUAAUUUGAAAGAUGAAGAAAAAACCCAGUAAUGAUUGACUGCUGUCUAGGUGAUAGCUGAGCAGUUGUGGCUGUCUGUAUGUUUUUUGGAGUAUAAACACUAGUUUGUAUGGUCAGUCAUGGCUCAGAAACAUACAAUCUAGAUGAGGGAAGCAGCAGUUCCAGGUGGAGAUUGAAACACAAGUAGUCAGGGCAUACAGAAGCUCUUGGAGGUCUUCUCUGAUAGUUACCCAGGUGGAUGGGCCAGGGAAUAGCAAUACUUUUCUGCUUUCAGAAGAAGCUUUCAUUUUAUCCCUAAAGAAUCCAUUCCAUAUCUUAUUGGCUGAGGAUCCUUUGCAUGUUGGAGGAUUUCUGAGGAACAUCUUGAGUUCACACCCAGUUCUCCUAUACUGUAUUCUCUAAACUUCUUUGGUUCUGUUUUCCUGGGGUGACCCAGCUAUCAUUUAGGAGUAGUUAUCCAGUAUGAUUAUCUUACCAUGGGAACCUUGAAACGUUUGGGAAUUUUGGUUUCCAUGGAAUACAGUUUGAAAAGUGUUGUUCUGUUUCAUAAUAUCUAACCUUUUCUUUUGCUCUUUGGGACUGGGCACACGGGCCAUAAAGGCUGGCCUGGGGGCAGAGUCGGGGCGUGGCGUCCAUGUGACCCUUGCCCUGACUCUUCCCCUAUGGCAGCAUGAUGUCACACGCUGCUCCACAUGGCACACAACAUCAUGGUGCUCCUCUGGCGCUGUGUCCACACAAUGCAGCGCCAAAGGAGUGCCUUAAAGCCGCGGCCCCACAGCCAUCGCUCCCUUUCCAGGGCGCAAAAAGGAGCCACUUUUUGCAGCUCCUUUUUGUGCCCUGGAAAAGAUAGACUGGGGAGUGGCAUGCAGCAGUGGCUGCAGGCCAUUCCUCGGGGGCAGUCUGCACAGCCUCUUUGUUAAGUAUAUAUGUCAAAAUAAAUGAGUUAAGUCUUGAAGGUGACACAACAACCUGCUCCCCCCCCCCCCCCCCAUCUGACUUACACAACCACCACUUUGAAAAUGUGAACUCAUUUGUUUCAUGUUUGUUAAAUAGAACGUAUAGGAGGUCACUUCUUUAGGUAGUCACUACCAGAGUCUUAGGCUACUUAUGCAUGACAGAAAUAAUCCAGUUUGACACUACUUUAACUGCCAUGGCUCAAUUCUGUGGAAUUCUGGGGAUUGAAGUUGGAUUAUACCAAGUCCAUGGUAUCCUGAUCCAGGUUCCAACUUGGAUCAGUACCUGGGGUGACGUGGUGAUGAGCGGGUGUUUACACACCCUUCUGCCAAUGUGCCAUUGACCUGUUCAUUCUGGGACUGGCAGAUCUGUUUUUGGACUUGCCAAACCCAGCCUGGGGCUAAUGGCCUGCAGAUAGGACAGGACAACAUGAAGCAGGGGGAAUGUAAGCUUUUUGGCCCUUGCCUACAGGCCCUCAGUUGCAUUCUUUCUAUUCCUAUUGUCUUCUGAGGGUAUCCCUUGGUAAUAAUAGUGCCUGUUUAAAAUUUGAAUCAGAAUCAAACUGUAUAUUAGACACUGAAACAGAAAAGGGUGGAGGUCUUGCCUCAAUUUUUCUGCUUUAGUCUGCCACCCUCCCAUUUCCCCAGUCUUUUAGUCACCUGAAACAAACAACAAAAAAAGGAAGUACACUGCUUUAGUAAUUCUUUCCACAUUUUGACACUUCCUGAAACAGAGAUACUUGGCUUUCAGAACCACAUACAUCCAAGGGAUUUCCCUCCCUUUCGUUAUACAACUCAACUUGAUUAUUGAAUAUAUAAGCAAGCAAGCUAUAACUAAUGUUAAAGAAGUGACUUUUGAGGAGAAUUCAUACCCUCAUUGCCAGACUUUGUUGCUUAUUCAGGCAAAAGAUUAUUGUUUUGCAUUUAUUCAUUUUACAUGGAACUUGAUAUCUUCCCUAUUUCAAGCAUUUUAUUUAAAUGGAGAGAUCAGGUGUGAUGAAAUGAAUACUGUAUUAAAAUACUGAAAUAAUGGCAUUCAAAAUGUACAUAUACAUAAUUGUAUUCUUUUUGCUGUUGUGUAGAAUACAUUUUUUCUCUUCCUUGUGUGGGAAGAUUUGCUAGUAUGUAAAUGAUUUAAACCCAGUCAUUUUUCUUUUUUCUUUGUGCGAAAAUACUAUAUGUGUGCAUGUCAAAGGUGGGUUAUCUACAAUUUAUCAAACUAGUUCUGAACUUAUGUGCAUUCUGAAUACUGACAUGAGCAGUUUGGAGGGGGAGAGCCGGAAGAGAGUUCCAGAGAGUAAAAUAGAAUAUGCAGUUUUGACUUUGAAUAAUCGGUUGUAGGCUUAUUAUUCAAGCAAUUAGUCUGAAAAAAUGCCUUUGCUGUGAGUGUAACUGAAAUUAACAAAUUGUUAGUCAAUUCAGAUAAUACAUUUGCGGGUUUAGUUGCUAGUAACCACUAUUAUUUGGAGGGAUGAGGCUUUUAGGGGUGCAAAGUAAGAUAUUUGGGCUCCAUAAUUUUUUGCAGAUACAGUAUUCAACACAGUUGUAUAAAGCCGUGGUUCCCAAACUUUGGUCCUCCAGAUGUUUUGGACUUCAGGUCCCAGAAUUCCUGACUUCAGGCCAAGCUAGCUAGGCUUUUGAGAGUUAAAGUCCAAAACACCUGGAGGACCAGAGUUUGGGAAUCACUGGUAUAAAAUGUAGCUGCUGAAGUAGGUGGUGUCUUUUCUGCAAGUGACGUCUAGCACCAUUUAGCUGACCCCUUACCGCCCCUUUAUUUAUGUGAAAAAUUCACAACAUAUACCAGUGCCACUGACAAUUCAAAAGCAUUGGGGUCAGACUCACUCCAGAGAAAUGUGUGAUGUUUGCCAAGUGGUAUGGGUCAGGUCUUCACCAACCGUUCCUAUGUUAACUUGCCUGAUUGUCCUGCAUGUUGCCAUUUGCAGGCUACAGUCAUUGUGCUGUGGCUACCAUAAAUUCCAUCUGACAGAAUGAGAAUUGCUGAACCGAGCUUCCUGACGAUUUUGAGCAAUUUUUACAACGUUGUGUUCAUACGCCAUGCUGUGUUAACUUACUGUUUUGGACCAUAUGUAAUUACAUUUUGUAAGACUAUUUGGCUCACCGUGGCUUGGAUGCUGGUGUACUAAGAGGUGGACUCAAUUCACUCUGCAGUUACAUGCAGAUGAGUGAACUUGAUCUUGAUUGAAAACUAGUCUAGAAUAAUUCUACUGACAUUGAUGCCAUGGUUUCAGUGUAAGUCUCAUUGAAAUAAGUAAGUUGCAAGUUUAAGUAGGUAAAUUUGGGAUGGUGCUGUAGGGGUGCCUUUCUGCUCUGUAGAUAUUGCUGUCCCAAGAGCAUGAAUCAGCAAGAGUCCGAUCAUACUAAAGUUUAUCUUAGGAGCUUCUGGGAAGUUAUUUUUUUGAAGUAAUGCCCACAGAAAGUGGAAGUUGUGCCACUGCUCGCCAAGCAAAGCAGAAGCGCAAGUCUCACAGUCUUUCUAUACGGCGAACCAACAGUUCUGAGCAAGAGCGAUCAGGAUUGCAGAGAGAAAUGCUGGAAGGCCAGGAUUCAAAACUUCCAUCGUCUGUUAGGAAUACACUUCUGGAACUUUUUGGCCAAAUAGAAAGAGAGUUUGAGAACCUCUACAUUGAAAAUCUUGAAUUACGUAGAGAGAUUGAUACACUUAAUGAGCGCUUAGCAGCUGAAGGCCAAACCAUUGAUGGAGCUGAAUUAAGCAAGGGACAGCUGAAAACAAAAGCCAGUCAUAGUACCAGUCAGCUCUCUCAGAAAUUAAAGACUACUUACAAGGCAUCUACUAGCAAGCGUUCAAAUUCUUUCCCAGGCAAAUCAGGUGGACCUCGCAACUUCAGCGUGGGAAGCUGGGAAAUAUGGGGUGGAGACUCCUGGAUUGUAUCCAGUUUCAAAACAACAACAUCCAGAGCAAUCUGCCAGCUAGUGAAAGAGUAUAUUGGUCAUCGGGAUGGGAUUUGGGAUGUCAGUGUUACGAAGACUCAGCCAGUAGUUCUGGGGACUGCAUCUGCUGAUCACACUGCUUUGUUAUGGAGCAUAGAAACAGGAAAGUGUCUCAUCAAAUAUAUCGGGCAUGCUGGAUCAGUAAAUUCCAUAAAGUUCCAUCCAACAGAGCAAGUGGCUCUCACAGCUUCAGGAGAUCAGACAGCUCAUAUCUGGAGAUACAUGGUGCAGUUACCGACACCUCAGCCUACCACAGACUGCAAUCAAAUGUCUGGAGAAGAUGAAGUCGAAUUUUCUGAUAAAGAUGAAACUGAUGCAGAUGGAGAUGGCUGUGGUGAUUGUCCCACCAUCCGGACUUCUUCAACCUCUCUAAAAAGCCAUCAAGGUGUAGUCAUUGCAGCAGAUUGGCUGGUUGGAGGAAAGCAAGCUGUGACUGCUUCAUGGGAUAGGACAGCAAACUUGUAUGAUGUGGAGACAUCUGAACUUGUACACUCUCUGACAGGGCAUGAUCAAGAACUUACACAUUGUUGCACCCAUCCCACCCAGCGUCUUGUGGUGACCUCAUCACGCGACACAACCUUUCGUCUAUGGGAUUUCAGAGAUCCUUCUAUCCAUUCUGUGAAUGUCUUUCAGGGCCAUACAGACACUGUGACUUCAGCUGUCUUCACUGUGGGAGACAAUGUUGUUUCGGGUAGUGACGACCGUACUGUGAAAGUCUGGGACUUGAAAAAUAUGAGAUCGCCAAUUGCCACUAUUCGCACAGAUUCUGCGGUAAACAGGAUUAAUGUUUGUGUCGGUCAAAGAAUCAUUGCACUUCCACAUGACAACCGGCAGGUUAGAUUAUUUGACAUGUCUGGAGUGCGAUUAGCACGGCUCCCUCGCAGCAACAGACAGGGCCACAGAAGAAUGGUCUGUUGUUCUGCUUGGAGCGAAGACCAUCCAAUAUGUAAUCUGUUCACUUGUGGAUUUGAUCGCCAGGCUAUUGGAUGGAACAUCAACAUCCCUGCCUUGCUUCAGGAAAAAUGAGAUGUUGGAAGUAUCCUCCCCCCCUCCCUUUUCAGUUUUGUUGCCAUAGACUUCUGUGCAGACUUUCCUGUAAGCUAGUCUGCUAUCAUUGUACAAGGUGCUCCUUGAAAGGGGAUGUGUUGCAAAGUUGUUACCACGUUGUGCACAGUUGCAUGAAAUAUACAGAAAAAAUGUGACCUUUCAAAGAUGUUAGGUUCUUGUGUAUGAAUUUUUAUAUCUUGGCAUCCACUGGUGACUAGAAGGAUGUUUGGCUUUCCUAUGGAGCAUAUAAGUGUUCAUAAGUUAUUCAGCCUAGAUGAAGAGUAGGACAUUAUGUCUGACUUAAAUGUGAAUUCUGUGUACUUAUUGUGAAGAAUAUAUAUCAUUUUACAUAUCUGCCUUGUUGUUAAAGAGAGUAUAGGGCUAAACCUUUUAAAAUGAAGGGAGAAUUUCAUUGAGAAGUAUGAUGGAAAUUUACUUAUAUCUAUAUGAAGUCUGACCUGACUCCAGUGUAGUAUUAAUUUCAACACCAAACCUAGUCUAGUUACUGGAAUGAAAUUAAUGGUUAUGAAAGGAGAUGAAAAGUAAUGUUUUAACAUUGGGCAUAGAAUGUUAGGUUGCCAAGUUGAAAUAUCCCUAUACAUUUCAAGAACUAAUUGGUUCAUUCUUACCUCUCAUUUGAUUUGAGCUACCACUCCGUGUUUUGAAAUCUCAGCAAAUGACAAACUAUUACAAUCACAGCAGUCUGAAUAAGUUCUUAAUAAGCACUUUAGUUUAUAGCAGCGGUUAUAAACCACCAGUAUUUGAUGACAUUUCCUAAAGAAUGUGAGAGUUGUAUCUAAGAAGGAUUGACAUCACUACACUUUUGUGAAGUAUUUUUUUUAAGGCAGAGAAUAUUUUUUUUUAACUAUAGCUGUGUUUAACAUAUUUCAGAUUUGGUGGGAGCUCCCCCAUCAUAGUUACAUUUUGAGCCAAAAAAUUCAAAGGUCAAUAUCCUAACAAGCAUAUGAAUUCUGCAUGCUCAAAGCAGCUUGAGUGUUCCUUGCCCUCCUCCCCCCAUCCCAUGGCAAGCUACUUUUGAAACUAAGGGGUCUUACAAAAGCAGUACAUAAUGUCACAUAGUGGACCAUUGUUAAAAGAAAAUAAUUUUAAAAAUCUAAUCAGGUAUGCCCAAGCCAUUGGUCAUGCCAAACAUACUUCUGUGGAUUCUGGCCAUUGAAACUGAGAAUGCUACCUCAAAAAUGAAUGUAAGGCUACUUUGAAUUUUGCUGUUUAACCUUGACAAGGCACUUUGGAUCUCAUUCUGAUGUGCUGUCUUAAAGAGUAGAAGACAAUCAUACCAAAUUUCAGACUUGAAUUGAGUCAAGCAUAAUAACAACAUUACCACAGUUAGGCAUUACUUGUUCAUUUUGAAUGUAGAUAAAAGUCCCUGUUCCCCAACAUUUUUAAGGUUUGCUUUAAAUUUAAUUCAAGACAGUUCUAAGUGGGUUUUACUCUUCCUGCACUGUGUUUGGCGUCUGUGAUUUGUAAGGAUGUUUCUUAGAUGGCAGUUUUGAAAAAAAAUAUAUGUGGAGGCUGUGUUUACAGUUUCUUCAUAGAUGUUUCAUUUUCAGCUGAAAGCAGAAAGUGCUUCUCUUAACUUUCUGUCCGUAUCUCAGGGUUGGAGUUAAUCAAAGUGGAAGUGUAGAUCGCUUACAAAUAUUUUAACAUGAAUCCCCAUAAAAACCCUGCAUUACAUUUUCUUCAUUCUUUGUUGUUGUUUAGUUGAGAUUGUUUUGUUUUCCAGAGCACUGCCCAGCAUAAAUUGGAGAGACUUGCUCUUAUUUCCUUCUCUGUAUAGCAGAAAGAGUAAGUCAAAAGUGGAUAUAUAUUUUCAAGAGAACCAGAAUCCUAGAAACAACACCAGCCAUGAAAUGAUACAUAAUAAAUGGCAGUUAAGGUAGUUUAUGGAAAACCCAGAAGAGAGUUAUUACAACAAACAUAUAAUGUUAACAGUAGCUUGAUCUGUCUGGGGCAAAUGGUUACAUGAUCCCAAAACUGAAGUGGCUGUGUUGAAUUUAAAGUGGGAUUCAGUGCUCUGAAUGUUUAUCAGCCACUUCAGUUUACCUGCUAAUCACUCCAUGGCAAUAGUAGAUGUACAUGCCCCAAAAUAUAAUAAAUCCCAUCUACAAGUUUUGGAGCACAUUAUAAUGAUGAUUUGCAGGUUGAUUUAAAUCUACUAGAGGGGUUUCUCUCCUCCCUGGAGAAUCCAUACUAGUGUCUGAAAAAAAAAAAGACUCCAUGAUCCCUUUGUGCUCCAAAACUUGUAGAUGGGAUUUAUUAUAUUUUGGGGCAUGUACAUCUACUAUUGCCAUGGAGUGAUUAGCAGGUAAAUCAACAUAGUUGGACAGAAGUAGUCAUGCCAGUUCAUCCUUUUACUCUCCUGUUUGGAUAGUAAGAAAAGCUGAAGUAAAUUUCAACUCUACAACACACAUGUAGAAAUCUUUCUCUAAAAAGCCCUGUUUUUAUCUGUGUGCUCCAUGGCUAAUGGAGCAGAACACAUUUUAAUCCCAAUUCAUGUACAGUAUGAGAGCAAUAAACUAUUUGGACCUUUGAGACACACUCACACCCCUUUUAGGGAAAAGCUUGCAUGCCCCUUGGUCUUGCUGACUGGGGUCUCUAUGGAAUGGUUUGGGAAUGGUUCUUUGGCUUCAGCUGCAUAAAAAGGUCACAUGCUUUGGGUCUGUAGUUUUUCUUAAAUGCAUGAGAAGUAACAGGAACAUGGCACUGAUACGAUUCCCUGUUGCUGAGCUUUAUAUCACCAAAGGACCAACCUUUCAUAGCAGAUAUAUCCACAGAGUUGUUCUGACUUAAGCAGUAGGCCUUAGCUUUUUUAAAGGAGCAGAUUUGUUACUGAACUACUGCAAUAUCUUAAGUGUUGCCUUGAGGCAACAAGUGCCCAUUUCAAUAGGUAGUGGUAAAGUCAGUUACACACUCCACUUUUUCUCAUCUCCAUGUCGAAAUGAAUAAGGAUUCUGCUGUACUUAAUUAUGUCCUGCAUUUCACAUAAAAGGAAAGUGACUGUUGCAUAUUUUCAGUAUUGAGAUUUGGUUUUGCAGAAGAUGGCUGUAUCACUGGGUAAAUCACAAAGACAUGUGUCUGUCUGUCUCUUUCUCUGUGUAUAUAAGUUCUUCAAACAGUGCACAUCAUUUUUUUGCAGAUGAAAAAAUGUGUAACUAUUUCUAAAUCAGAAGAAUCUUAUUUUGAUGCCUAAGUCUUUGAAAACCAACUUCUUGAGAGGGAGAAAAUUCUGUAGUUGUGUGUCAAUGUAGAACCACUUGUUUUUUUGUUUACUGAGGUCCUGGUGAUAUAUAUAAUUGUGAGUUUUUUUAGAUGUUCAGUGUUUGUCUUUGUUGCAAUUUGAAAUGCCAUUAAACCAUUCAUCAUAAUUU